CAGUCAGAGGAAGGGUGUGAGGUGGAGAAGGAGGCGGCUUGCGGUGUUUGGUGCGGUGCGCUUAAGUUUUGUAAAAUUGCUUCGUUGUUUGAAAGCCAACCGGGAGGUCCACUGCAAUGUCUGUCAAACACAGCUGCUCCUUAUUCGACACGUUUUCAACCGGAUAAUCCCGGCGUUUGGAUUUUUUGCUCCUGCUCUAUUAUUGUAGGUAGAGAAAUCAAUUCAUCGGAUCAGUCAGGACGGGAUUCAUUUUCUUUUUAUUUCUCGACUCGUUUCUUAUUUUUGGGAGUGCCGUGUUUUAGCGUUUGGACUUGUCACGAGCAACCGGUGCAGCAGCACAGAGUACUGGAUCGCAGACUGGAGACUCACACGUGUAUCCUUCCUCCGGCUGCAGGCGCAUCGAUCCUUAAGCACUCUGGAUAAAAGUUGUAUUUUUUUUUCUUCUGUUUGGGAUUUCGUUUUAAUCAGGCAGAAAAAGAGCCAAAUAACAUGUCGCUCAGCAGAAGUAUUGAAUUUGAACACUUUGAGGAACGAGAGAAGCCGCACCGGACACCGAGGGCCAAUUCGGGCUCCGGGUCCCAGUCAGGCUCCAGAGGCAACGGUCUGGUCCCCAGCCCGGCGCACAGUGCGCACUGUAGUUUCUACCGCACACGCACUCUCCAGUCCCUCACGUCCGAGAAAAAAGCAAGAAAGGUGCGAUUUUAUCGCAAUGGAGAUCGAUAUUUUAAAGGUUUGGUGUAUGCCGUGUCUAACGACCGAUUCAGGUCUCUGGAUGCUCUGCUCAUGGAGCUCACAAGGUCCCUGUCGGACAAUGUCAACCUUCCCCAAGGAGUCCGGACGUUAUAUGCCCUGGAUGGAGGCAGGAGAAUCACCAGUCUGGAUGAGUUAGUAGAGGGUGAGAGUUAUGUGUGUGCCUCAAAUGAACCCUUCCGACGUGUGGACUACAACAAGAAUGUCAACCCCAACUGGUCGGUGGGCUGCAAGACCGGCACAUCACGCUCCCUCUCCUCUCUCAUCACGCUGAAGAACGAGCUGCAGCGUGAGUCCAAGGACUUCAUCAAACCCAAACUAGUCACAGUCAUCCGCAACGGUGUCAAACCCCGCAAGGCAGUGCGGAUACUGCUCAACAAGAAGACAGCGCACUCCUUUGACCAGGUGCUCACUGACAUCACAGAUGCAAUCAAGUUGGACUCUGGAGCUGUGAGGAGACUGUACACUUUGGAGGGCAAGCAGAUUAUCUGCCUGCAGGACUUCUUCGGGGAUGAUGAUGUGUUUAUAGCGUGCGGCCCGGAAAAGCACCGCUAUGCUCAGGACGACUUUGUUUUGGAUCACAGUGGUAAGGCUUCCACAGCCUUUAUUACUGAAUGCAGAGUGCUAAAGACGUCGCACUGCCGCCCUGCUACUCCGAACAGGACAGCUAAAAGCCCUGGACCUUCACGACGCAGCAAGUCCCCUGGUGCAGCAAGGCAACCGGUCCACCUCUCCACCAGUCAGUCUCCAAUCAAAUCCCCAGUAAACGGUGUCUCAAGCAGCCAGAUCUCAACUCCAAAGUCCACCAAGUCCUCCACUCCAUCUCCCACCAGCCCCCGACCCAUCCCCUGUUUUAAGAUCCCUCCGUCACAUCACAUCUCGUCCUCAAAUGUAAAUUGCUCGUUGAACAACCACCAGGAGCAAACUAACCAACUGAGUCCAGAGGCAGUUAAUGGUAACCGCUACCUGCCUGCCUCCACCAUCUUGGAAAAAUACAAGGUUGGCAAGGUCAUCGGAGAUGGCAACUUCGCUGUAGUCAAAGAGUGCGUGGAGAGGUCCACAGGAAAAGAGUUUGCACUGAAGAUCAUCGACAAGGCCAAGUGCACUGGAAAGGAGCACCUUAUAGAGAAUGAAGUCGCAGUGCUGCGGAAGGUGAAACACCCCAACAUCAUCAUGUUGAUAGAGGAGGUGGACACUCCCUCAGAGCUCUACCUGGUUAUGGAGCUUGUCAAGGGAGGGGAUUUAUUCGAUGCCAUCACCUCCUCGGCCAAAUACACUGAGAGAGACGCUGGCGUCAUGGUGUACAAUCUCGCUGGAGCUCUAAAGUACCUGCACAGCACGAACAUCGUCCACAGAGACAUUAAACCAGAGAACUUGCUGGUGUUUGAGUAUCCAGAUGGCACCAAGUCAUUGAAAUUGGGGGACUUUGGCCUGGCCACAGUGGUGGAAGGACCUUUGUAUACCGUAUGUGGAACUCCUACAUAUGUGGCUCCAGAAAUCAUCUCGGAGUCUGGGUAUGGUCUAAAGGUAGACAUCUGGGCUGCAGGUGUCAUCACCUACAUCCUUCUUUGUGGCUUUCCUCCAUUUAGGAGUGAGAGUAACCUGCAAGAGGAUCUGUUUGAACAGAUCCUUAUGGGGCGACUGGACUUUCCCAGUCCUUACUGGGAUAACAUCACUGACUCAGCCAAGGAGCUGAUAGGAAAGAUGCUGCAGGUUAACGCUGAGGCUCGAUACACAGCACAAGACAUCCUCUCCCACCCUUGGGUCACGGACGACGCAGUCAUGGAGAACAACAUGCAGAUGGAGGUCACAGGUAAACUGAAGACGCACUUUAACACUGCGCCUAAGCACAACACCACCACAGCUGCGGUGUCCGUCAUCAUGAGCACAGCUCUAGAUAAAGAGACCCUCCAGCUCACCAUCCAUCGUCGUCCACGGCCCCAACCAGUGCCAUGUCCACCAUCGUCAGCUGGCAAGAAAGUCCCAGCCAAACCAGCCUCGCCAACAAAGUCAGGACCAGCUUCUCCAACCAAACCGGCAUCCCAGGCCAAAGAACCCAAACCCACCAAGACCGCUCGUCUCAAGGCGCCCAAGAGCGCUGCGUCUGCUGUGCCUGAUGCUACACCCACACCCACUUCUAAUGCUCCCUGCUCUCAUUCCCCAACUGACGGUGUUGAUUUAUCUCCUUCUGGCCCUGUAAGUUUGCUUUUCUCCCCUUCACCCUCUGCUGAAACUUUGCCUGUUUCCACCCCUCCUGAAACAACCUCACCCUUCGCCGCUCCCUGCUUUUCUCUCGAAACUCCCUCGCUCUCUGGCCCUCCUGCUCCUUUCGCCUGCAACACUCCCUCUAUACCCGUGUCAUGCCCUUCCCCAUCAUCAUCUCCCACCAAACCAGCCCAAACCUCCUCUUCUCCCACCAAACCAGCCUCUCUUUCUCCCACCAAACAAGUCCCUUCCUCCUCUUCUACCAAAGAGGCAACAUCCCCGUCUACUUCCCCCUCAAAACAAGCUUCCCCCUCCCCAGUCUCCCCCAUCAAACCUGUCAUUUUCUUUCCCUCCCCCUCUCCCGUCCAUCCAACGCUGUUUCCCUCUCCUCCCUCCACCCCUCCCAGAUCCACGACCCCGGCCUGUCCCGCUGGCCCUCCAUCUCCCAGCCCCGAAGCUGAAGAGCUGAUGGAGGAGAUUUAAAUGGCAAUUCUGUAGCCAAUUUCUCCCCUCACUCCUUCUCUUUUUGGGAUGAGGAGGCUAAACCUCCACCCUAAGCAUUUCCAGUAGCUGUUAACUGAGCCAGUGAUUGCUGUGUCCAUGUUUUUCUCUCACUCUUGUCCCACUCAUUUUCAGUGGACGGAGGAUAGAAGGCAAAAGAGUUUGUCGAGUGUAUACGUGCGUUUGUAUUUAUUAAUAGAGGAUGUGGAGGAAGGGAAUGAAGUAAGCACAUCACUGUUCUGAGUGGUUUGUCUUUAGAAGUCAUGCAUUACAAUAUCAUGCUAAUGUGAAUUCUUUUAUUUAUUAUCCCAUUCAUUUGACUUUUGUAAAUAGUUAUUCAUUACACACACACACCACUCCGAUUGCUUUAGCAGAGGGACAGUAGGUCCAUAAUACAAGUAUUUCAGCACAUCAAACUUCUGAACUUGCUAGCAUAUCUACCUGUAGUGUAAUCCAACUCUAACUACUAUCAGUAUUUUCUCUGACCACAGCCAUCCCGAUGGUAACCGAAAGUCUGUUAAACUUAGGAUUCCUAUUAAGUGUUGCCAUCUACAGUACAGUGGGUUGACAAAAUAAAGUACUAUGUAGCUAAUCUUGAAUCAGGCCCUGCUUUGUUUAACAGCUUCAGCUCUACUUGGAGAUUCUGUGCAUUUGUGCGCCUUGAAAUCAUGCAUGUAAAAGAGUUAAUAAUCAGACAUGUUAAAGCUGUUCACAUUCAAUUUAAAAGGGUAUGUUCAUCCAAAUUACAAAAAUCUUCUAAAAACAUUACCUAUAGUGCAGUGGUUCCCGACCUUAUUGGCUUAAGACCCCUUAAACAAUCUGUUGUCUACUUGUAAACCCUUGUUAUAAACUGGAUAUUUCUCUGCAUUGUGGCCAUUUCAACCAAAGAUUAAAAUUGUUUUAUUUAAAUACAUACAUCAAAAGCAAACCUCAGAAAAAGCUUUCCUCCUAUCCUGUUAAACAUCUCCCAACCCCUCAGAUCUAUCUUGUGACCCCAGGUUUGGAACCACUGCUCUUGUUAUUUAGCCAUGCAGAAGGCAAACUAAAUCCCGUCCAUUGUCUUGGGGUAGGAACAGUAAGUUCAGAGAAACAUAUCUCCAAUAAAACAAAAACUCUUGGCAUGUCCAGAUACGGCUAAAAGUGAGGCACAAGUUGUUUUGUUUAAAUUUGGGUGAACUGGCCCUUUAACUGACAAAUGCAUCUGCCAUUGUAAUUCAUUCAAGUCAAUUUGGCCGAUUAUUUUGUGCACCCACUCUGACAGACACGCUGACACAUUAUCCACGUACUGUUUGUAUUAUUUGAUGUGAACUCUGUAGUUGUACAUAGUGUGAAGAACCGUAGUUUUCCACCUGAAACUUGAAGUAUCGUUUUUGCCUACGUGUGUCUGAGCAGUAAAAUGGCCCCACAGUCAUAAAUAACUACUGUACAUAAGAAUAGAUCCAACAGACAUUAAAACCAAAUUGCAGAUUUGUUUCUAAUAAACUGGAAUUUUCAAAACUGAACUGCUUUUAGCUAGGACUACAGUCCUGCACAGUAGUGAAGACACACAUAAUUCAUUUACCAGUUGAUCUAAUUCCCACUGACAACACUACGCUGUGGGUUGCAUGACACUAGUCAACACUUCCUUUAAAAAUACUCAAGCAGUGGUUUUUGAUCUGUUGGAUUUAUAUGAAUGAAUGUUAUGUCAAGGUGAUGGGUUUGUGCCUGACCACUAGCUGAAGUUCAUAACGUAAUGAUGCCUUUAUUAAAACCAGCUUGGCUGAAAACAUGGGGUUCCAAGUUGUGCAUCCUAAAAAUAAGUUCUAAGUGAUUUGUUUUCGUUUUGUACCCGUUUAAACUCCACAUCUGGUGUCAGUAGAGCGAACUCCUUCAGUGGUUCAACAUGCCUCUUUACCUCUUCAGGAUUUCCAGCUGCAUGCAUACUCCAUACCCACUUCCUGUCAAGAUUAAAAACCCUCACACAUACACAAAGUCAUGUUGGCACAUCAUGUCAUUUAGCUUCCUCUUAUGUAUAUGUAGUUAAAAGUAGAUUUUCAUAUGCAGUUUGUAAAGGGAAAUUUGUAUGAAAAGACAGUUUUAAAACAGGUUUAUCUGUGUCAAACUGAAGCAACGGUUUUUAUUAGGCAUAGAACGGCUGCUUUUAAUGUCCUACUGUUUUGAAACGGAAGAACAGCAAAGAUGCAAUAAAGACUUCAAAUGAA